AUGCCAGGAGAAACAAUAACGCUACAAGUUGGACAAUGUGGAAAUCAAGUUGGACUACAGUAUUGGCAACAAUUAGCUCAAGAACAUAAUAUAAAUCCAAAUGGUACACAAACAACCACAAAUCAAUCAGAACAUCCAGAAUUAUUUUUCACAAUAUCAGAUUCAAAUAAAUAUACUCCAAGAGCAAUACUAAUAGAUUUAGAACCAUCAGUUAUUACAAAAUCUAUGAAUGCACUACCUAUGUUUAAUCAAAGAAAUGUACAUUUAAGUGAAGAUAGUGGUGGAGCUGGGAAUAAUUUUGUAAAUGGAUAUAAAUAUGGGACUCGAUAUACUGAAGAUUUAAUGAAUUUAAUAGAUAGGGAACUAGAUAAAUGUGAUAAUUUAUCACAAUUUCAAAUGAUUCAUAGUGUUGCUGGGGGUACUGGAUCUGGUUGUGGUUCAAAAAUAUUGGAGAUAUUACAAGAUAGAUAUACGACUAAAAAAUUGAUAACUACAACUUCAAUUUUCCCAUCAAAUGAUAAAACUAGUGAUGUUGUUGUACAACCUUAUAAUAGUGUAUUAACAUUACAAAAAUUAAUUGAAUAUAGUAAUGCGACAUUUGUUUUCCAUAAUGACUCGUUGAAUAAUAUAGAAAAUGCAAUAACUCAAACUACAAGUGAUUCAUAUCAAGGAACAAAUAAAAUUAUAGCCAAUAUAUUAGCAACUAUAAGUAAUCCAUUACGUUUUCCAAGUUAUAUGUAUAGUUCAAUUGAAUCCAUUAUAGCAAAUUUAGUCCCCACACCAGAUUUAAAAUUUUUAACAACAUCGAUAGCUCCAUUUAAAACAAAUAAUGAAUAUGAUAUGUUUAUAGAAUUAUCAGACGAUAGAUACAAAUCCAUUACACCAGUUUCAGAUAUAUCAUAUAUAAGUCUAAUGAAUUACCUAGUAAGUGGGCAAAAUCUAGAUCGAAAAGAUAUACGCAAAGGAAUACUCAAAAUCCAAUCAAGAACAAAAUUUGUACCGUGGACAUCAAAAUCAAUAGCAGUAGUUCAUGGAAAAAAACCCAACUCAGAAUUAAAAGGUAUACAAAUUUCAAACAAUACAUCAAUAGUAGAUACAUUCUCCAAAAUAGUAAAUCAAUAUGAACUACUAGUUAAAAGAAAAGCUUAUUUAAACACAUAUACUGAGAAUAACUCAAUAGAAGAAAUGGAUCAUAUGGUUGAUGUAUUUAAUCAAGCUAAAGAGGAUAUUGUUAAAAUUAUACAAACUUAUAAAAAUUGUAGUUCUAUUGAUUAUUUAGAUUGA